GUAUAUGCUCAAGCCUUUAUUAAGAUAUAGCAUCUAUAGAAGUCGCUCGUUACAUCGAUGAGUUCAUAGUUAAAAUAGGAACGAACGAGUGUUUGUAUGUAUGGGCGGUUGCGGCUUUUUAGCGCUAAUUCCUUUUUGAGGUUAUCGAAAAUUUCAAUUGCAAAAAUUGUAUCAUUGUGUUGUUCCUGCAUACGAUUUCAUCAAUACAAACCACUUGCCUUCUACUCUCGACAUCAGCUCAAAGGAUAAUUUUCAUCAUUCAGCAUUAUUACGCCAUCACUGUGAUUUAUUUCAGAAUACAAAAUGCGAAUUUCACCGGAGAGAUUUCUUCUUCCUUUGUUCGUUAGUUUUACGCUCUCAACAGCGGGAGUUGCGAUUUUGUACUAUUUGAAUAAGAAGAUGGAAGAUGAAAAAAGAAAGAAUAAAGGAAAAUAUUGCAGAACCAUAUCACUUCCCAAAGAACACAUUCCCAUAGUCAUAGGUCGUGGAGGCACAACCCUUACAAAUAUUCAAACAUCCACUCAUACAGUCAUAGAAUUUGCACCAGCUGAAGUGAGCUCAUCGCAUCAAGACUGUAUCAUAAAAGGAAAAAAAGAAGAUGUGGAUCUGGCAGAAGAAAAAAUUCACUCAAUCAUCAAAUCAAAACCUAAAAUUGAAUCACAUCAUGAAAUAGUACCAUAUUCUACAGUUACAUUAUUAGAAGAGCGAAAUGGACAAUUACUACACGCCAUUCAAACUGAAACAAAUGUUAAAAUAAUUAUAGAAAAAAUACCUACAACUAGCACUUCAUGUCAAUGGAGAUUAACUAUCAAAGGUACAAGUGAGCAAAUAUCUAAUGCAAUUUUGACCAUUGAAACAGAAAAAGAGUUGCUAAACAGACAAAAUGAAGAUAUAAUUGCUAAUAUUAGUAGCAGUAUUACUAAUAUUAGUAGCAGCAUUUCUAAUACUAACUCUCCAACUUCUCAAUCCUCUAAAAAUACUUCUGGUAUUUUUGACGAUUUUUGUGCUUUGGAUCUCAAUUUGACACAAAUAUUUUUUGGUGGAAUUAAGAAUCCAAGUCAAUUUUACGUACAAAUGCUUUCUCGUAACGAUUUGAAACAUGAUUUUAAAAAUCUAACAGAAGAAAUGGACCAAUAUUAUAAGAAUGAAAAAAACCGUGAUUCGCACAAGAUAGACAAAUUGGAAGUAGGAAAAAUGGUAGUAUGUAAAGUUUCUGGCUACUGGAUGAGAGCAGAAGUAAUAAAAGAUCAUCCCUCGCAAGCAGAAUUAUUUUAUAUCGACUUUGGGUUUAAUAGUCGCGUUGAUAAAAAAGACAUAUAUGAGUUGCGCACAGAUUUUUUGAGUCUUCAAAAGCAAGCAAUUGAGUGUUGCUUAGACGGUAUAAAACCUUGCAAAUCAUCAUCGGGACAAGAAGUAUGGAGCACAAGCGCUAUCAGAGAAUUCAUAGUCAUGAGCAACAUAAAAGAUUCGCAUCGAUUCGUCAGAAUGAAAGGUUGCAGAGCCCGCAAGUAUACCAACGAAAAGUCUUCUCAUCAAAAAACUGAAACUUCAUUUGUACCACAUGUUGAUGUAGUUGUCAGAUUAUCCAAUGGGGAUCUGCUGGACGUAGCUCAGGAAUUGAUAAAAAAAAACUUGGCUGUUGCUGAUACUAAUGACGAGAAUUCAACAACACUCGCGAAAACAACAAAAGAGUCAAACGACCUGGUCGAUAGUUGCGAGGAAGCCAUUGGCAAAAAUGAAACCACUGAUACUCUCUUAAAUGGUGCAACCGACAAAAUAGACUCGAUAUCUCCACAAACUCCAGUACAAUUACACAAGAUAGAAGUAAUCGAUUUAACAUCGUCGCCACAAUCUAAUGGUACAAAUUCAUCUAAUUUAAUCGAAGCAGAGAGAAACACUCCGUCUACAGGUCGUGACAAGUCAUUACCUCACAAUCCUUUUAGAGGUGCAACUGGAGUAAAAAAGUACACCUUUAUUCCGGCUGGGGCUGAGAGUAGUGACGAAGAUGAUUUCUACGAUGACGACAUUGAUGGUUUUGAUGUUUGCUCAUAAUCAGAGCAUUAGCACAUUAGCAUUACAUUUUUGACUUAUGUUUUAGUCGCAGUUUAAUAAGUUUUCACACGCGGCUGUGGAUGGUUAUUCAUUUUAUGUAACCCAAGUUCAGUUAUAUAGUCGUUCUAAUUUCAAGCUUUACAAUAGCGUUAAAAGUAAAAUUUGUUGAUUGAUUUCUUAUAUAGUUCGUACCUACUUCAGCUUUAUAAUUGAAAAAAAUACGUUACUUAUAAAACUACAAUUAUUUUUAGUUCGUA